AUGGGUCCCAUGCGAGGAUCCCGCGGGCCAUCUGCAUCCGACACCAGGAAACGUAAUACCAUGUCAGGCCCUGCUGAUGGCGCGCCAAGUGCUCGCAGUGAUGCACCUCGUCGAAGCCAAAAGAGAGCCAAACUGCACUCGGCGCGACAUAUCCCGGCCCAGCCAGCAGAUGCCGCAUUGAAAGACGGCGAACUCGAUCUUCAGGCCUUCGUUGCCGCACACGAAUUCGAAAUUCGGUCUCACGAGCAGAGCAUGGCCACUUCUCAAGCUGUGAGUUCGACCCGUGCAUUCCAGCAGGUCCCACGGGGGUUGCGGCGUCGGACAGCAAGUCAUAACCCGAAACGAGUGCCUCGAAGGCAGCGAGCAAAAGCCAGGAAAGAGAUGGAGGAGGACGGCACCCCAUUAGUUGAAUCCAGAAGGCGAAAGCCGAAAACAACGAGGGCGAGAAUACGAGCAGAAACAGCAAAACGCCUAGGUAUUCUGGCUGCGCGGAAGCGCAAAAGGUUGCUGGAAAAGGAGAAGUCGGCUCGGGCCCAAGGCAAGUCACUUGCCACUGAAGCCGAGCGGUUAGCCAGACGGCAACUCAAACCCAAGAUUCGAAGAAACCAGCUCAACGACCCUCCCAGACCGCCGGCCAGGUUUCGAAAGAGGCAGAUCAAUAAAACCUGGCUACCGACUCACAAGUGGCACGCGAAAAGAGCACACAUGACUGAUCCAAAGAACCCCCUGUGGCGCUUUGCGAUCCCCCUGACGCCAACCGAGAAAGUUUAUCGGCCGACUCACCGUGCUCAAGGCGAGAGGGGAACCAUGGUUUGGGAUAUGAGUUACAUGAGCACAAUUGGCGUUUAUGGAAGCCACAACGGGAUAGAAAAGACUCUCAAGAACAUUGGGGUCAUCCAGGAGUCGUGUUGGAACGACAAAGGCACCAGGUGGAGGAUGGGGUCCAGAGCAUGGUCGGGCUACCUUUCCCGGCAACAGGAUGGUGGCCUGAAAAGAAGCAUGUGUCCAGCUACGAUUAUAUGGAAUCCAGAGCCGACGGCUUCACAAAAUGCGCCGACUACAAGCCGCGGUAAGCGGCAGCUCUUUAUAAGAGUACAUCCAGCAGCAUUUCUCGAAGUUUUUGCCGAGCUAGUGCGCCUGUCCAAGAUGAAGGGUUCGGGUGUUUUUGUCGAAGAUUUGAGGUUCGAGAUCGGCAGCAUCGAACUUACCGGCCCUGCGUCUACGGAAACCCUUUUGAGCACCCUCACACCCUACGCAACUGAGGAAAAGCCCAAGAACAGGCACGCCAGUCUCUUCGGGUCUCUGAAAGGUUUAAGUAAUCCCGCCUCAUUACCAGCAAACUCGGUUCUUGGAUUCCCAGUACAGGACCCCCGUCUAAGACACCCGCCUCGAAAAAUGGAACCUUCGUGCGAUGCCGAAGCUGAGAACAAGCUGCUGGAGGUAUUGGCACAGUGGCCAGCAGAAGAGCAGCUCGAACCUUAUGGGCUGUUUGACAGAACCAGCCGCUUCCAGGCCAAAUGCUUGCCAACACAAAAGACCAUCAACAGGAGGCGGAGUGCAAUAAGCCCUGGGUCGUUCUUGAAACCUGCGCAAAUAGACCCCCCUAUUCCCAUCAUUCUGAUUUCCUCCCGCUCACCUACAAGCACACAGGCCCAGGGUACGUGGGUGCUGCUCAUGCCGUGGAGAUGCGUCCUGCCAUUGUGGUUCAGCAUUGUCCACUGUCCUCUCAUAUCUGGUAUGAACCCUCGAUUUGGUGGAUUAAACGAGACGAUGCAGGUCGCGUUUGAACGAGGGCUGCCGUGGUUCCCGACGGACCACGUGGGCACCGAUUCCGGUGCCAAGUGGGAAUUGGAGGAGCGUCAGAAGCGGCAGCGAGCAUACGACAGGCGGCCCAAGAGCAAGAGAACCCAAUGGGCGACGCUGGACCUGGGGGCCGGCAGGAAAGGCGAAAUCGGUGACGGUUUGGCUUGCGACUAUGAGCUACUUUUUGAUCUGCCUGCGCCUCCAAGGACAACCAUCACCACCAACGAACCUGAGCUUGUGCAAGCAGACGGAUGCGACGACGACGAUGCCAUGGACGUGGUGGACCAGCAAGCUUCUACGCCCGACACAAGGCCGCAUCCCCCAUCGCUGAUGCUACUCAACUCAAUCUCGGGCGCAGAUUUUCUCAGGGCAUCAUCGUCGGUAGACUCCCCGCCGACCCUCGCACCACACGCCGUCGUGAACGUCCGCAUCACGCUCCUCUCACGCGGGGCAGCAACCACAUGCGCCAGAAUCUACAGACUCCCCACGCCACCAACUCCAACGCCGACGCCUUCAAACGCCCAAGUCCCAGCCACGAUUCCGCCACCACGGGGCAACGACUCCAGACUACCGCACGACCUUCGCGCCCAGUGGCUCUCCCAGGUGCCGCCAGCACGUAGCUCCUCGUCUACACGGUCUCGCGGCACCGGCAAGCCCACGGACAUGGAGUCCCGCAGACGGCUCCUCGCCCAGGAACUCACAGCACCGCCCGCCGCCUACCCGCCCCCUCCACCGAACCAGGUGGACGUGGGCGGCCAUCCACUGGUUCCAGAUGCCACGGACCUCAUCGGCUUCGUGACAUCCGGCUCAUACUGUCUUCGCGACGGCAAAGCCGCAGCCAUUGGCAGCGUAGCCGUCGACAAGGUCAUUCCCGGCGUCAAGGCAAACAGCAAAGAGGGACGACUGUGUAUAGUACGAAACGCCGGCGAGAAUAUCGGCUGGAUAGCAAGGUGGGAGGCGCUAUAG